UCUUGGUUUAACUUUUCUUUGUGUUUACAGGUUAUCAAGUAUGCUGGAAUUCAUAUACGCUGAAUCGACGUUAUUCAAUUUUGUAUCGAGCUCUGUUAUGAUAUGUUUAACAGGCUUCAAUGUUAUUGCGAUGGAGAACGUCGCGUUCGUUGUGACCUUCCUUGUAUUUCUAUCAGCGAGCUUGUUGCAAAUAUACAUGCUCUGUUUCUUUGGAGAUUUUCUAAUGAAAUCGAGUAUGGAAGUGAGCGAUGCAGUUUACAAUAGCAAGUGGUACUAUCUCAAUGCCACGUCGGGGAAAAACUUACUCAUUGUACUAACAAGGGCUCAGAAGCCGUGCAAGUUGACCGCUUUCGGAUUCUCUGACGUCAGUUUGAAAGCUUUCAUGAGCAUUCUAAGCAGCGCUUGGUCUUACUUCGCUCUUUUGAAGACUGUCUACGCUCCACCAAAAAAUUAAAAUUAAGAUAAUUU